UCAGUUCCACUCUAUGAUGACGUCGGGCUGACUCCGGAGUCAUCGCCUGAGCUAACGAAGAGGUCGUGGUUCGGGAGUCUUAUGGGCACAGAGAGGGACGAAACUCAUGUCAUUUUGAUCAAAGACCGACAAUUGUCUGCCAUUAAAGCAGAUCUAAUCCACGCAUUCCUUUCUAUAUCAGACUUAAGUCAUUCGGUUUUGUCGCCGAUGUCUUUUCGGGUAGAGUUCAAGAGACCGGGCGGUACAGCCAUGUUUCAGAGGAAUGUCCGCUUCCAUGUGGACAUCACUUGUGCCACACCUCCGGCCGACACCACCAAUGGAUCGCUCGACAAGCCUACAGACAAACCCACUAUUUAUUGCAUUACAUUCACAUUGAUUUCGGGUCCGUUGCGUCGAUUCAAGCGUAUCUGCGAUCACAUUCAGGCACAGGUGUUGGGCAGUCGGAGGGCUGGCGGUCAGCACUCGCCGCGAAUGGGUCGGCGGCCGACCCGCGAGUUAAGUGACACGAGUUCUUGCGGUUCGUGCGGUUCGGACAGCCUAUCGCCGACACCGACACGACUGCACGUCAGCGAAGACACCGUGAGUUUGGCGGCGGCUGUGGUCAAUACGAGCACAACUAACCUGACGGGUGCGCUGUCCCGGUGUAAGUCAGAUCAGGACGCGGCCAAAGACAUCUUCGAGAGAGAGGCCAAACUGAUGAAUGAGAGACGACAAGAG